ACGCUUCCGGCGUCCAUCUCCAGCUUGUCCUUCAUUGGUGGCUUGGCCAUUCAUCGAACGAAGCCUUGCGCAGAGCUGACCAAUUCUAAGAGAGCAGGGCGGGGAAAAGAGUAGGGUUUAAAAAAAAAAAGCCCCGGCCGUAUUGGCUCUUCGGGUUGACCCUUAGAGGCGAAGCAUGGACGUGAGUGGAGGGCUGGAGAACUUCCCCGUGGCUGUGUGGCCGCGGCUGGAGGAGCCGCCGGCGUUCCAGUACAGCCCAGAUCAUGUGGCUGGAGAGGGAGGAGGACCAGACCCAUCUGAAGUCUCCCUAAAUGGCUGCAGGUGUCAUUCCUCUUCCUGUCUUGCCUCCACGUGUUCCUGCCUUCAUUAUGGGGAAAACUAUAACAAUCAGUGCAUUAACUAUGAAGGAAAUGAACUAGAUUUUUCGAAGCGUUUUGAAUGCAACACUAUGUGCCAUUGUGGAGAGUUGUGCCAAAACAGGGUGAUUCAAAGGGGCUUGCAAUUCCGGCUUGAAGUCUUCAAGACUGCCAAGAAAGGAUGGGGUCUCCGCAAUCUGGAGUUUAUACCCAAAGGAAGAUUUGUUUGUGAAUACGCUGGGGAAAUACUCAACUUCAGAGAAGCAUGUAGAAGGAUACAGUCGCAGACAUCAAGCGAUUCAAAUUACAUUAUAGCAAUAAGAGAACACUUCUGCGAUGGACAGAUAUUGGAGACAUUUGUGGAUCCCACUUACAUUGGUAAUGUUGGUAGGUUCCUGAACCAUUCCUGUGAACCAAACCUCUUUAUGGUCCCUGUCCGAGUAGACUCAAUGGUACCUAAAUUGGCACUUUUUGCCAACCGUGAUAUUUGUGCCAAUGAAGAACUUUCAUAUGAUUAUUCGGGUAGAUACCAUAAUUACUUGCCUGAGAAAGAUCAAGAAGAGCUGCAGCAAGUGGAAGUAUCUAAGAAACCCUGUUACUGUGGGGCCAAAUUAUGUGCAAAUUUUUUGCCUUAUGAUAGUUCAUUAUUCCACAAAGGUGACCUAAGAAGCCAUGCUGUAGAAGCACUCUGAGAAUAGAACCAGUAGCAUGUAAUGCUGUAUAUAUAUUAAUUACAUUGCAAAAAUACUAA